UUUUUUUUUCUCUCCCGCUAUUGUUGUUAUUGGUGAUGUCAGCUCCUCCAUCGCGGCCUCCCCUCCCGGCUCCUGGGUUGUCACUGCCGGCUUGCUACCCGCCCCCUCCAGUCCCCCUCGGGUUGGAAGCGGCACCCCCCACGGGCCUGCUCGCGCUCCCCCUCCUGGGCGAACCUCGUCUUCCGGCGGGGAGUGAGGGAGCAGGCCCGGAGGAGCUCAGGAGGCUUUAGCAAUCCUCGGCCGGUGGGGGACCGGGGACACCGGACUCUGGCUUGGCUACCGUGGACUGGGGGUGGGAACCACGCACAGCCCCGCUGCUGCAAUUGCGCUCCCGGGUCUGCUCCGCCCGCGCCGGCACCGCGGUCACCUUCAGGUGGCCUCGGAGCCUCAAAGAGGGGACGGUGGGAGGUCGCUCGGCUUCCCAGAGCCUGGGCUCUAUAAGAGGGCACCGUGAGCUGCAGGAACCCGUUACCCGCAGGAUUUCAUUCGUCAAAUCUCAAGCUUCCCUAGAAUGCGAUGAGAAUUUGCCAAAGUUGAUUUUCGAAAGAGAGAGAGGGUUGCGGCUUAUUCCUAGGAACAGAGACGCCUGCUCUUGCUUUCGAUGCCUCACGUUGCAGAAGCUGGAAGAGCCACUGAUUCUGGACAUGGUGAGCCCAGAGCCGAGAACAAGUCCCCAGAAGAGGAGCUACAAGGUGCUGUCCAAUCUUUUUGCACAAGUGCCUCAGGAGCACCCGUGGGCCCCAGAGGAGAUGGUCAUUAUCCUUCAAGCUGUCCAGUGACUCAUACUCGGGAAAAAAUCUAUGCCAUCUGCUCCGAUUAUGCCUUCCUCAACCAGGCAACCUCCAUCUACAAAACUCCCAACCCAGCCCGUUGCCUCGCUGAUAAUAAUACCUCGCUUUCUGCUGAAAACAGUCCAAGGUACAUUGGUGUCCCACCUGGUACAUCUGACAUAAUCUAUAACGAAGAAAAUAGCUUGGAAAACUUAUCCACCAGCCUGGGCAAGCUACCUCUCGCGUGGGAAAUCGAUAAGUCGGAAUUUGAUGGCGUAACCACAAAUUUGAAACACAAAUCAGGCAAUGCGAAGAAACAAAUUUCCAAGAGAAAAACUUCAGAUAAGAAAGGGAGGCAUCAGAGGGAGUGUCCCCAGCACUCUCCUCUUGAAGACGUGAAACAGCGGAAAGUCUUAGACCUCAGACGAUGGUACUGCAUAAGCCGGCCACAAUACAAGACUUCCUGUGGUAUCUCCUCCCUGAUUUCUUGUUGGAAUUUCCUCUACAGCACAAUGGGAGCUGGGAAUCUCCCGCCUAUUACCCAAGAAGAUGCAUUACAUAUUUUGGGCUUCCAACCCCCAUUUGAAGAUAUUAGGUUUGGUCCUUUCACUGGAAACACGACACUCAUGAGAUGGUUUAGACAAAUUAAUGACCACUUCCAUGUGAAAGGAUGUUCGUAUGUUCUGUACAAGCCCCACGGGAAGAACAAAACAGCCGGAGAAACUGCUCCAGGGGCCUUGUCUAAGUUGACCCGAGGAUUGAAAGAUGAAUCACUGGCUUAUAUCUAUCAUUGCCAAAAUCAUUAUUUCUGUCCAAUUGGCUUCGAAGCAACCCCUGUCAAAGCUAAUAAGGCAUUCUGCAGGGGCCCUCUCUCACUACAGGAAGUAGAGUAUUGGAUUUUAAUUGGAGAGUCAAGUAGAAAACAUCCUGCCAUUCACUGUAAAAGAUGGGCAGAUAUUGUCACUGAUCUAAACACUCAAAAUCCAGAAUUCUUAGAUAUCCGCCAUCUGGAGAGAGGGCUGCAGUUCCGGAAAACAAAGAAGGUGGGAGGAAAUUUGCAUUGCCUCAUAGCAUUCCAGAGACUCAGUUGGCAAAGAUUUGGCUUUUGGAACUUUCCAUUUGGGACCAUUAGACAAGAAUCACAGCCUCCUCCACAUGCCCAAGGACUUGCCAAAUCGGAGAGUGAAGACAAUAUCUCCAAGAAGCCGCAUGGGCGUCUGGGAAGAUCCUUCAGUGCUAGUUUCCACCAGGACUCGGCGUGGAAGAAGAUGUCUAGCAUCCACGAAAGAAGGAACAGUGGCUACCACAGCUACAGUGAUUACAAUGGCAACGACUGAGCAUGCUGGGAACCGAACCACUGGCUCAGUGCUUCAGUCUCGUACACUGCUGCUAUGUGCAGGACUGCAUUAAGGCCGAAGAUUUUAUUAAGUCCAUCGAUAGGACCAGAUCUUGUGAUACAAAGUAUAACCUGUAGUUCUCCAGUAAAUAAGCUUACAUAGUGUUACAACGGUUGGCUUCAAAUACAUAGGCAGGUAAGCACAGAUUACUGCCCUUUGAAAGUAGAUAAGCCAUCUGGACAAAGGGUUUCGCCAAAAUCCAAUAAACUCACAACUGCUUCGGAAAAAAAACCCCAAAUGCAUUUAACGGCAUCAAGACUUGAACUACUAAAGCAUGAAGCGAUUUCUUGAAACUUGAUCCGUAAUCACGUAUUACAGAUACUUUGAUUCCUAAGAUCAAUUUGCAAGGCACUGUCUGCCCUUGAGAAUGGGGGCUGUUAAGUUCUAGCUUUUGCUCAUGUUAAAGCUCAUUUGGAACUAUCUGGCCAGUCUAGUUGUUCUUUUGAUGCUAGCAGAAUCCACCGCACCUCUUAGCUUUCCUGGAUAACUAACUGUCUCAGGAUUCUCUACACAGAAACAGAAAAUCCUCAAGAAACUGACCUUUCUCCAGGUGCGGAUGGGUGAUUUAGGGCAUCGAUUCUGGUACUCUUGGUCUGGCACACGUCUGUGAAAUAGUUACAAGAAGCGUAGGACCUUGAACGGUGUCUUCAGGUCUAGAACAAACUUGUUUUCGGGAUAUAGUUAAGGGGCAUUUGGAAUCUAUAUCCAUGGAAUAAGUGCAGUGAGGUCUGAUAUUUGGUCUCUUAAUGGAGGCGUGUGCUAGCAAUGGCACUGAGGACACAUUGGCAAUGUCCAGCUCACCCUGAGGACAACACUCUGUAUUCUCAACACUGAGCUGUUUCCUUUCGCGAAACAUCCAGACAAUUAGUUGCUGGAAGUGUGUAUUAAAUAUUUCAGAAGUGUGAAUUCAAUACUUGAGCUCCUCUUUAGCUGCUGUCGUGUUUCUUUUGCUGCCAGUGUGCGACUCAUAGACGUCUAGGGUCUUGUUCCUUCAUGUAAUUUCCUCAUUCCAGGACUCAACUCAGCAUCUCCGUGAUUGCAAGGUGCUGAGGAUGGUGGAACCAUAUUGCAAUACACCUCAAGGGGAGGUUUCAGAUUUUUAUUUUUAAAAAUCUUUCAUUUCUUUUCUCUUGAAUUUUAUAUCCAUCUAUCCACUCUUACACGUCUAGCCUACAGAGAGUGAUAUAUAUAUAUUACAAAAUGGUCAUAUUUCUGAAGAGAUUAUUUAGCUUGAAAUGCAAAGGACUGAAAGAUUUGUAGGUUGUCGUUUUUGUUUCAGCUUUGUUGAGAAGUUCAUACUGGAACUUUUAAAAUGUUUUCAUCAAAUAAAGUUUUGUUUUCUACUUUUAA